AUGGUACACCACAAAGUCACUAUCAUUGGUUCUGGUCCUGCUGCCCACACCGCUGCCAUCUACUUGUCUCGUGCCGAGGUGAAGCCCACCAUGUAUGAGGGUAUGUUGGCUAACGGUAUUGCCGCUGGUGGCCAGUUGACCACCACCACCGACGUGGAGAACUUCCCUGGUUUUCCCAAAGGUAUCAACGGUACCACCUUGAUGGAGCAAAUGAGAGAACAGUCGCAGAGAUUCGGUACUGAGAUCAUCACUGAGACCAUCUCUAAGGUCGACUUCUCUAAGAGACCCUUCAAAUUGUGGACUGAGUGGAACGAAGACGCUGAGCCUAUCACUACUGAUGCUGUUAUUAUUGCCACUGGUGCUUCUGCCAAGAGAAUGCACAUCCCAGGUGAGGACAAGUAUUGGCAGCAGGGUAUUUCUGCCUGUGCUGUUUGCGACGGUGCUGUCCCACUCUUCAGAAACAAGCCUUUGGCUGUUGUCGGUGGUGGUGACUCUGCCUGUGAGGAGGCUCUUUUCUUGACCAAGUACGCCUCCAAGGUGUACUUGCUCGUCAGAAGAGACGUGUUGAGGGCUUCCACCAUCAUGCAGAAGAGAGCCAAGAACAACGAGAAGAUCGAGAUUUUGUGGAACACAUCUGCCGUCGAGGCCAAGGGUGACGGCAAAGUCUUGACCUCUCUUGACAUUGUGAACAACAAGACCAACGAGAAGUCUGAGCUCCAGGUUAACGGUUUGUUCUACGCCAUUGGUCACAUUCCAGCUACUUCUGUCUUCGCUGACCAGCUUGAAACUGACGAGACUGGCUACAUCAAGACCGAGCCUGGUACUGCCAACACCUCCAAGCCAUUCGUUUUCGCUGCUGGUGAUGUUCAAGACAAGAAGUACAGACAGGCCGUCACCUCUGCUGGUACCGGCUGUAUGGCUGCUCUUGACUGCAUUGCCAAGCUCGAGGAGGAGGAAGCUUGA